CAAACUUACGUCUUACGUCAUACAACUGUCAAAAGUGUCAGAUUUUUUGACAACAUCAAUAUUGGCCAAACUAUCAAAAUUCUAGUAAAAUGUCUGUCCCCACGGGACUUAUUUCACACACCCGGAAAGUAAGAAGUAUCUAUAAGCAAGCUCUACGAACCCUAGAGUGCUGGUAUGACCGAAGAGAAGUCUACAGAUAUUAUGCCGUGUUGAUGCGCCAGCAGUUCGAUGAAAACAAAAACAUCAAAGAUAUGAGAGUUGCCAAAGACUUGGUCGCGAAUGCCGAAGAAGAAUUGUUUUUGAAACAGCAUUGGUUGCCACGGAAAUUCCCCAACUCCCCCGGAGGUGUUGCAUACGGUCGCGAAGUUAUCCCUCCAGACUGGGUUUUGGAUUACUGGCAUCCCCUUGAGAAGGCCCAAUACCCUGAGUACUUCUCUCGAAGGGAACAAAGGAAAAGAGAAUAUGUAAAACUCUGGGAGAAAAAAUUCGGGAAAACAGAGUCACUGCCUCACCAUUAAACACACCUAGAUUGUGUAGACAUUUAUUAAAUUAGUGUAAUAAAUAGUGACAAGUCUGCACUUGUUAAUAAAUAAUCGUCAAAAACAAUCUACUGAAAA